CCGCAGCUUGGCAGAGGCUUGUUCAGAAGGAGAUGUAAAUGCUGUGCGGAAGUUGCUAAUUGAAGGCCGAAGUGUGAACGAGCACACAGAAGAAGGGGAAAGCCUCCUUUGUUUAGCCUGCUCAGCGGGAUAUUAUGAGCUUGCGCAGGUUCUUCUGGCAAUGCAUGCUAAUGUCGAGGACCGUGGCAUUAAAGGAGACAUUACACCUUUAAUGGCUGCUGCUAAUGGCGGACACGUCAAAAUUGUCAAGCUGCUGCUAGCUCAUGGUGCUGAUGUGAACGCACAGUCGUCAACAGGCAAUACAGCCCUGACCUAUGCCUGUGCCGGAGGCUACGUGGAUGUUGUGAAAGUCCUGCUGGAAUCGGGCGCUAGCAUCGAGGACCACAAUGAGAACGGCCACACUCCGCUGAUGGAAGCGGGAAGUGCUGGCCACGUGGAAGUGGCCAGGGUGCUCUUAGAAAAUGGAGCAGGCAUCAAUACCCAUUCCAACGAAUUCAAGGAGAGCGCGCUUACCCUGGCUUGCUACAAAGGCCAUCUAGAAAUGGUGAGAUUUCUGCUGGAAGCUGGUGCAGACCAGGAGCACAAGACAGAUGAAAUGCAUACUGCUCUCAUGGAGGCUUGCAUGGAUGGCCAUGUGGAAGUGGCAAGAUUACUUCUAGACAGUGGGGCUCAGGUGAACAUGCCUGCUGACUCUUUUGAGUCGCCAUUGACUUUGGCCGCCUGUGGUGGGCACGUCGAACUGGCAGCUUUGUUAAUUGAACGUGGAGCUAACUUGGAGGAGGUAAACGAUGAAGGAUAUACACCACUAAUGGAAGCUGCUAGAGAAGGGCAUGAAGAGAUGGUAGCCCUGUUACUUGGUCAAGGUGCAAACAUCAAUGCUCAAACAGAGGAGACACAAGAAACUGCAUUAACUCUGGCGUGCUGCGGAGGCUUUUUGGAGGUGGCUGACUUUCUUAUCAAAGCAGGAGCUGACAUAGAACUUGGUUGUUCAACACCUUUGAUGGAGGCCGCUCAGGAGGGUCAUUUGGAGCUGGUUAAAUAUUUAUUAGCUGCAGGGGCUAAUGUGCAUGCAACAACGGCAACGGGUGACACAGCACUGACAUAUGCCUGUGAAAAUGGUCAUACUGAUGUAGCAGAUGUCUUACUUCAAGCAGGCGCAGAUCUGGAGCAUGAAUCAGAAGGUGGAAGAACUCCUCUUAUGAAAGCUGCAAGGGCAGGUCAUGUUUGCACUGUUCAGUUCUUGAUUAGCAAAGGAGCAAAUGUGAAUAGGACCACAGCUAACAACGAUCAUACAGUAUUGUCGCUGGCCUGUGCUGGAGGUCAUUUGGCAGUGGUGGAGUUACUGCUAGCUCAUGGUGCUGAUCCUACACACAGAUUGAAGGAUGGAUCAACUAUGUUAAUAGAGGCAGCAAAAGGUGGUCAUACCAGCGUGGUUUGUUACCUUCUAGAUUACCCAAACAACUUGCUUUCUGCUCCUCCACCUGAUGCUACUCAGCUGACCCCACCAUCCCAUGAUUUAAAUAGGGCUCCUCGUGUACCAGUGCAGGCGCUGCCCAUGGUCGUCCCACCCCAGGAGCCUGACAAACCCCCUGCUAAUGUCGCCACAACCCUUCCCAUCAGAAAUAAAGCUGCUUCUAAACAAAAGUCCAGCAGUCAUUUGCCAGCAAACAACCAGGAUGUACAGGGUUACAUCACCAAUCAGUCUCCAGAGAGCAUUGUAGAAGAGGCUCAGGGCAAGUUGACAGAGCUGGAGCAGAGGAUAAAAGAAGCCAUAGAGAAGAACGCGCAGCUGCAGUCCCUGGAACUGGCACACGCUGACCAGCUCACCAAAGAGAAGAUUGAGGAGCUGAACAAAACGAGAGAGGAACAAAUCCAGAAGAAACAAAAGAUUUUGGAGGAACUGCAGAAAGUGGAACGAGAGUUACAGCUGAAAACUCAGCAGCAGCUAAAAAAGCAAUAUCUAGAGGUAAAAGCGCAAAGAAUACAGCUCCAGCAGCAGCAACAGUCUUGCCAGCAUCUGGGACUACUGACUCCUGUUGGGGUAGGAGAACAACUCUCAGAGGGAGACUAUGCACGAUUACAGCAAGUGGACCCCAUCUUGCUUAAAGAUGAUACUCAGCAAGCUGCUGCACAGACGGGUUUUGCACCAAUUCAGCCUCUGGCGAUGCCACAAGCUUUGCCUCUGGCAGCAGGUUCCUUACCUCCAGGGUCCAUCGCAAAUCUUACAGAACUGCAAGGUGUUAUAGUUGGACAGCCAGUAUUGGGCCAAGCACAACUAGCAGGGCUGGGGCAAGGAAUACUGACAGAAACACAGCAAGGGUUAAUGGUAGCCAGCCCUGCUCAGACGCUCAAUGACACGCUGGAUGACAUCAUGGCAGCAGUGAGCGGAAGAGCAUCUGCAAUGUCAAACACUCCUACCCACAGCAUUGCAACUUCUGUCUCCCAGCCUCAGACGCCAACUCCGAGUCCCAUCAUUUCUCCUUCAGCCAUGCUACCGAUCUACCCUGCAAUAGAUAUCGAUGCCCAGACCGAGAGUAACCAUGACACAGCAUUGACACUUGCUUGUGCCGGUGGCCACGAGGAACUAGUACAAACACUGCUAGAGCGAGGAGCUAACAUUGAACACAGGGACAAGAAAGGGUUUACUCCGCUUAUUUUGGCUGCUACAGCUGGCCAUGUGGGAGUUGUUGAAAUCUUACUGGAUAAUGGAGCAGAUAUUGAAGCCCAGUCCGAGAGAACCAAGGACACUCCCUUGUCUUUGGCUUGUUCAGGAGGAAGACAAGAGGUGGUGGAGUUGCUGCUAGCUCGAGGGGCAAACAAAGAGCACAGGAAUGUUUCUGAUUACACACCUUUAAGCCUCGCCGCUUCUGGUGGCUACGUGAACAUUAUCAAGAUUCUGCUAAAUGCUGGGGCAGAAAUAAAUUCCAGAACUGGCAGCAAAUUGGGCAUUUCUCCCUUAAUGUUGGCAGCCAUGAACGGGCACACUGCUGCUGUCAAGCUAUUACUGGACAUGGGCUCUGAUAUAAAUGCCCAGAUAGAGACCAACAGGAAUACAGCACUGACUCUGGCUUGUUUCCAAGGGAGAACUGAAGUGGUCAGUCUGCUGCUGGACAGAAAAGCUAACGUGGAACACAGAGCUAAGACUGGUCUCACGCCAUUAAUGGAAGCAGCUUCUGGUGGAUAUGCAGAGGUGGGCAGAGUUCUGCUGGACAAAGGUGCAGAUGUAAAUGCUCCUCCAGUACCUUCUUCAAGAGAUACAGCUUUAACCAUUGCUGCAGACAAAGGGCACUACAAAUUCUGUGAGCUUCUCAUUAGCAGAGGAGCUCACAUUGAUGUGCGAAACAAGAAGGGGAAUACUCCACUGUGGCUGGCAGCAAAUGGAGGACACCUAGAUGUUGUCCAACUGCUUGUUCAAGCUGGAGCUGAUGUGGAUGCUGCAGAUAACAGGAAAAUAACUCCUCUUAUGGCAGCCUUUCGAAAGGGUCAUGUCAAAGUGGUGCGCUACCUAGUGAAAGAAGUAAACCAGUUUCCAUCAGACUCGGAAUGCAUGAGAUACAUUGCCACAAUUACUGACAAGGAGAUGCUGAAGAAGUGCCACCUGUGUAUGGAAUCAAUUGUUCAAGCCAAAGAUAGACAGGCUGCUGAAGCCAACAAAAAUGCAAGCAUACUUUUAGAGGAACUAGACUUGGAAAAGCUAAGGGAAGAAAGCAGGAGGCUGGCUUUGGCUGCCAAAAGAGAGAAAAGGAAGGAGAAAAGAAGGAAGAAAAAAGAAGAACAACGACGAAAACUAGAAGAAAUAGAAGCAAAAAAUAAAGAAAAUUUUGAACUUCAAGCUGCUCAGGAGAAAGAGAAGCUAAAACCUGAAGAUGAUCCAGAAGUCCCGAUGGAGCCUCCCAGUGCUACUACUACAACCACCAUAGGGAUAUCUGCAACUUGGACAACAUUAGCGGGUUCCCAUGGGAAGAGGAACAAUACCAUCACCACAACAAGCUCCAAAAGGAAAAACAGGAAAAACAAAGUAGCCCCUGAUAAUGUUCAGAUCAUAUUUGAUGACCAACUCCCAAUUUCCUAUAGCCAAUCAGAAAAAGUGAAUGGGGAGUCGAAGAGCAGCAGCACGAGCGAAAGUGGUGACAGCGACAACAUGAGGAUUUCCAGCUGUAGCGACGAAAGCAGCAAUAGCAACAGCAGCCACAAAAGUGACAAUCAUUCUUCCACAGCCGUUACUAACACACAGAGCAACAAGAAGCAACCGUCGGUUCUCGUCACUUGUCCAAAGGACGAGAGGAAAGCAGUUACUGGCAAGUCAUCCAUCAAGUUGUCUGAAGUUAUUAAUGAAGUGACGAGUAAUUCCUUGUCGACUUGUACAAAAUCUGGUCCCUCUCCCCUUUCUUCUCCAAAUGGAAAGCUAACCAUCGCUAGUCCUAAACGUGGUCAGAAAAGGGAAGAAGGAUGGAAGGAAGUUGUGAGAAGAUCCAAGAAGGUUUCUGUUCCUUCAACUGUGAUUUCCAGAGUCAUUGGCAGAGGAGGAUGUAACAUCAAUGCGAUACGUGAGUGCACGGGAGCACACAUAGACAUUGACAAACAGAAGGACAAAACUGGAGAUAGAAUAAUAACGAUAAGGGGUGGCACAGAAUCAACAAGACAGGCCACACAGUUGAUCAACGCUCUCAUUAAGGAUCCAGAUAAGGAAAUUGAUGAACUUAUUCCAAAGAACCGCUUGAAAAGUUCGGCUGCAAACUCCAAAAUAGGGUCGUCGACACCUGCCACCACUACAGCUGCUAACAGUUCUCUCGUGGGCAUCAAAGUGACCACUGUAGCUGCUUCGUCAACGUCUCAGACUGCCUCCGCACUCACCGUGCCUGCAAUUUCUUCAGCAUCUGCUCACAAAACCAUUAAGAACCCCGUGAAUAACGUGCGGCCUGGUUUCCAAGUUUCUCUUCCAUUAGCAUAUCCUCCUCCGCAGUUUGCACACGCUUUACUUGCUGCUCAGACUUUCCAGCAAAUCCGUCCGCCUCGGUUGCCCAUGACACACUUUGGAGGUACUUUCCCACCAGCUCAGUCCACAUGGGGCCCGUUUCCCGUUAGGCCGUUGAGCCCUGCAAGAGCUACCAACUCACCGAAACCUCACAUGGUGCCUCGUCAUAACAGUCAGAACAGCGCCGGUUCUCAGGUGAAUUCAGCAAGUUCUUUGACAACCAGUCCAACAGCUACAACCAGUUCCGCAGCUUCUACUGUGCCUGGUUCUUCUGCAAACAGCGGUCCGAGUUCACCUUCAGUUAGAAGACAGCUGUUCGUCACGGUCGUGAAGACAUCGAACGCCACGACCACCACAGUGACGACCACGGCGAGCAACACGAGCACAGCGCCAACGAACGCCACGUAUCCGAUGCCAACUGCCAAAGAACACUACCCCACGUCUUCCCCCACGUCUCCCUCUCCCCCCGUGCAGCCGGCGGGCGUUUCCAGAAGCAGUCCUUCCGACUGCGCCGCGGCCUCUCCCAACAAAGGCGCGCCGUCAUCUGAUGCGGAGGUGGGUAGCCCACCGGCGGUGGAAACGGGCAGCUCCACCAGCAGUAGGCAGCCCGGUUCUGGAGGCGGCAGCUCUUCCGUGCACCCCGCUCAUCAGCAGCCUCCGGGAGCUCCUCUGCAGGAGGCCAGGCCCCCUCUCCAGCAACCUCAGGUUCCCGCGCCAGAUUCUCGCAUGGUUGUGCCUCCAAGCUUAGCAGCGACGAGCUCAUCUGCUCCUGUGGCAGGUCCAACGAGCACCCCGAGGACCUACCCCGUGUCUCAGACAUCAGUGGGGUCUUCCCAGCCCACAGCUAAGAUGGAGACCCCGGCCAUCAGACCGCCCGGCCAUGGGAGCGGUGGCGUCCAUAAGAAUCCAGCUCCUGUGCAAAAUUCUUCUGUUGCGGUCCUCAACGUGAAUCACAUCAAAAGGCCCCACAGCGUUCCUUCUUCAGUGCAGCUUCCUUCUACCUUAAGUACACAAAGUGCUCCUCAGAAUUCAGCCCAUCCAGCAAACAAACCCAUGGGUAACAAUUUCAGUGCUACUUUACCAUUCGGGCCCUUUAGUACGUUGUUUGAAAACAGUCCUACGUCUGCUCACGCCUUCUGGGGAGGUUCCGUCGUUUCAUCUCAGACAACACCAGAGUCUAUGCUGUCAGGAAAGUCGUCUUUUUUGCCAAAUUCAGAUCCUUUACAUCAGUCUGAUACUUCCAAAGCCCCAGGUUUUAGGCCACCGUUACAGAGGCCAGCUCCAAGUCCCUCAGGUAUCGUCAGUAUGGAUUCACCCUAUGCUUCUGUAACACCACCUUCUACACACCUGGGUAAUUUCGCCUCCAACCUUUCGGGAGGUCAGAUGUACGCCCCUGGGGCACCUCUUGGUGGAGCACCUGCAGCUGCCAAUUUUAACAGACAGCAUUUUUCCCCGCUUAGUUUAUUGCCUCCAUGUUCAUCAGCAUCAAACG